GUCCAGCGAAGCGCUAAUAUCGCAGAAUUAUCUCAGUUUGUGCCGUGACCCUCGCACCUGUUUUUUAUUACAUACAAUAGCUAAAAAAAAGUGUAUAAUAAGUUUUGGCUUGUGUUUUUCUAAUUUAUGUCUGAUCAAAACCACAAAAAUAAUUAUUUGGGCUGUCAGUUCUAAGAAAACAAUGCAAAGUUGAUAAGUAAUCAAUCGUAAAUAAGUUCCCGAGCAGACAGGUCAUUACGUCAAACAAUUCGACUGAUGCGAUGUACGAGCCCGAAGGAGCCGCCUGUCUGAUGGAUCAGACUAAGAAAUAUUAUACCCCAGACUUCAUUGAACACCGUGAAUACCAUGAAACCGAUUUGGAAGAAGCGCUUCAAAUUGCAGGCGUUGGCAAAUACCAAAUCUGGCAUUGCUGUCUCAUGGUGGCAUCUUUGUCUUCCUCUCUGCUGGAGAUCGUUGGAACUGCCUUCACGUUGCCUGCUGCGGCGUGUGACCUAAGCUUACCGUAUAAUUUGAAAGGCAUUAUCACAUCAGUACCGAAUAUGGGUGUUAUCCUGACAGCACCGCUAUGGGGAUGGGCCGCGGACUCCAUGGGCCGGAAGCCAGUGCUGCUGUUCACCAGCGCUGUAGCGGGCACGGUGAGCCUAGCAGCUGCCUUCACCUCAUCUCUGGCAGGGUUCACCAUUUGCAAGUUCAUAGCGUCACUUUUUCUAUCCAGUCCGUCCUCUCUGGGCUGGGCGUACAUGAGUGAAAUGCUGCCCAAGAACCGUCGCGACUCCAUAGUCCUUACCUGCAACGGUUUCCUCAUGAUGUCAUCGGUUCUGAGCCCUGUCAUAGCAUGGGUGAUACUACCCAGCGACUGGAGCUACAGCGACACAGACUCGGUGAAGCCGUGGCGCGUCUUAACAGCAUCCUACGCCCUGCCACUACUCAUCACGGCCCUGCUCCUGACACGUGCCUCAGAAAGCCCCAAGUUCUUAAUGGCUAAAGGCAAGAGCCGUAGAGCCUUAGAAGUGGUGAAGCGAAUCUACUCAGUUAAUAGUGGACAACCCCCAGAGCGAUUUUACGUGACAUCCAUCAGAUCGGAUGACAGCGAACGGUUAAUGUGUAGCGUGUCUGUCGACAAGUGGGGGAGUUCUGGGUUGGACCUCCUCCGCCCGCCGCACUUCAAGUGGUUGGCUUUGACAGGCUUCCUCAUGUUCGGAGUGUUCUCACUGUUGAAUGGACUUUUCUUACUUGCACCAGAUACUAUAAACAAGGUCAUGAGCAGUGAAUCUUCAACAGGAACCAUUUGUAUGUUAGCUGAAACUCCUACCAACCAAACGAUAGCGUGCACAGACACCAUGUCCGCCGCCACUUUCCUCAUCAUGGUGGUGACUACCAUCCUGUACAGCGGGCUGGUGAUGGUGAUCUAUCUGACGCCGCUCAACAAGAAGACGUUGCUCGUAGGAAUGUACGCCAUCGUAGGCGCCGCGUGUUUAACCGCAGGACUACAUGAAAACAGGGUGGUAGCGGGUGUGGCGCUGUCCGCGUUGCAGCUGACGGCACUCGGCGUGGGGCCUCUCACCGUGUACGCAGUCCACUUGUUUCCCACCAGAUUGAGGGGCACCGCGGUGGGCGGCGUGCUAAUGUGCGGGCGGGCGGGCUCAGUUGUAGGAGCCACGGUGGCCGGAUACCUGCUCGCGGAGGCCUGCAGUGCCACCUUCUAUGGAUUCACAGCAUUACUCUUCUUAUGCGCAGCGCUAAGUCUUUGGCUUCCGAAGCAUCACUCAGCGACUCGCUGCAGUGACUUACAUGAAGACACUCAUAGAUAGAACCGUUUACAAACUCUUUAGGUGCUAAAUAAAACUAGUUUUUCACGGGUUAAUGCACA